ACACCACUUCUCCUUGCCAAUAAUCUCUGCUGGCGUAGUCCAAAGAACACAGGAGAAGCUCUGGUGAGGUCAUUUAGUAGUUUUUGGCUUGUGUUAUGCGGUGGGGUAAUACCGCAUGAUCUGGCUUCGCCUUCAGCAAUUGAUCUUACUCGUGUUUGUCACAUACAUUCUGGCUCUGGCGACCGUUUGGACAAAUGUUUUCAUAGAUUACUCGCAAAAGCUGAACCCGAACUGGAUAGCGACACUUUUGUUCGUUUAGCGUCAACUAAAAACAGCCGUAACAUCUUUAGAGUUAUCGCUUCUUCGGCACAGAAUAUGUUUUCAGGCAGAACGAUAAAAGUGCGGUGCAUUGCAGGAACCGGAGCAGGUCGACGGUUACACAUAAGUGGUUUAGCCGAUUGGAUAGAAGGUCCUCGUGAUGCGGCGAAUUUACCUCAUAUCAUACAAGCAACAAAGAUCGCUCACAUCUAUUGUGAACGGGAAUAUGCUUUUGGUGAAAUGCUGCUGAAAGUUGUU